CACUCAGAAACUUGUUGGAACUCCCAGUUUCAACUACAACAUGUAAACGGCUUGGAAGUCAUCACCCCUAUCCUUAUAAGAAAAAGCUAGUCAAGCUGAAAAUCAGUGACUUUUAUCUUUCUGAGAACUGAAGUCACAACUGUGAAAUCUGGAGAGACGGGUGUAUCCAGAGACACAGCUGAGAUCUGUUUACUUGGAGCCCACUGGAGGCAAAACUGGUCGGAAAACUAACAGGUUCCAUUGGAGGAGAGUAAGUGCCAGUGUUCCGCCAACUCAGGAACUGACCAGACCCUGCAGGCACAGUGAGAAGACUCCCGGGAGAAAACUCAGGAGUGAAAAUGGAGAAAGUAAUACUUCCCACUGAAACUACCAUAAACAUCCAGAAAAUGGAGGAGGAAAAUGCAGCCCAGGGAUCAGAAAAGCCCUCAGUCCAGUCAGUUAAACCUUGGAGUGACCAGGAAAUCCGGAGUUUCCUGCAAGAAUGGGAAUUUCUCGAACGUGAGGUGUACAGGGUGAAGAAGAAGUAUCACAUAGUAUCAAAAGCAAUUGCUCAGCGUCUCAAGCAGAGGGGUAUCAACAAGAGCUGGAAGGAAUGUCUCCAGAUGCUAAUAAGCUUGCAGGACUUAUACUUCACUAUUCAGGAGGCCAACCAGAGGCCAAGGUGCCAACCCUUGCCAUGUCCUUAUGGCGAGGCCCUGCACAGGAUUCUGGGGUACAGAUGGAAGAUCAGCGUCUUCUCAGGUCCUCCCUGUGCAGAUGUGGUUAACCUCGCACCUCCCGAGCACCUGCCCCAGGCCUAUGGCGUUCCCAUAGUCUUCCAGGAGCCGAUGUGGGCCCCAACACCUGUGAUCUAUGUGGAAAAUCCUCAGGUACCCGGAUGGGAGCCCUGGAACAUGAAUGGUCAUGUUCCAUAUAUGUAUCCUGCUUUGCCCCCGGCAGCCCCAGGCCCCCUGACACAGUGGGCCAUCUCUACUGACUGAUCCAGGUCUUGAAGACAUUUAGAAUCCGGAUCCUGAUUCAUCAGAAAGACUGAAAAACAGCACAAUCUGUGUGUGUUAGUGCAUGACUCCUUCCUCUCCUCACCUGGUGCAAUGAGAAUAAAUGUGAAAUAAAUGAAUGACCGUGACCUCA